AUGGCGGCAGUCCCCACCUCCUCCCUUAGCGACAACCAGCGCCAAGAGCUGCUGUGUACCUACGCCGCUCUAGUUCUCUCUGAUGAGGGAAUGGAAAUCUCCGCAGAAAAUAUUAAGAAACUUGUCACAGCAGCAGGAGGAUCUGUUGAGCCCUACAUGCCGGGUCUGUUUGCCCGCGCUCUCAGGAACCACAAAGUCGAGGACCUUAUUGCUGGAGCAGGUUCUGCUGCUGUAGCAGCACCUGCAGCAGCAGCUGCUGCUGCCCCUGCUGCUGGUGGCUCUGCUGCACCUGCAGAGAAGGGAGGAAAGCCAGCAAAGCAGGAGGAGCCCGAGGAGGAGGAGGACGCCGAUAUGGGGUUCUCUCUCUUCGACUAA